AACCGAAAAGAAAGAAAGAAAGAAAGAAACAGGAAGACUCAGAAGAAAUCGGUCAAGCGACAAGAGGGCCACUCUCUCUGCGUCUUCCGGAGACCUUCGAUCGAGAGAAGGAGGCUCUUGAAUAGCUUGCAAAUCUUUGGGCUUACCUCCAACUUAUGAACGGAAAGCUAAAUGGAGUCAAAAUAUGGACAUGAGCAUCGAUCGACGCACUUUGGAGAUAAUUUCAACUCCUUGGAUCAGGUCACAACUGCACUGAGGGACGCUGGCCUUGAAUCAUCAAAUUUAAUCCUUGGUAUUGAUUUCACAAAGAGCAAUGAGUGGUCAGGUAAAUAUUCCUUCGGGAGAAAAAGUCUUCAUGCCACUGGUAACACACCUAAUCCAUAUGAGCAAGCAAUUUCUAUAAUCGGCAAAACAUUGUCCCCUUUUGACGAAGAUGAACUCAUACCUUGUUUUGGAUUUGGCGAUGCAUCAACACAUGAUCAAUCCGUCUUCAGCUUUUAUUCUGAUCAUCGUUAUUGUCAUGGUUUUGAGGAAGCGCUUGCACGUUAUAGAGAGAUCGUCCCCCACUUAAAGUUGUCAGGGCCCACAUCAUUUGCGCCGAUAAUUGAUGCCGCUAUCGACAUUGUGGCUAGGAGCAACAGGCAAUAUCAUGUCCUCGUCAUUAUAGCAGAUGGACAGGUUACUAGAAGUCCUGAUUUACCUCCUGGGAGAUUCAGCCCACAAGAACAGGCAACUAUAAACUCCAUAGUAGCAGCUAGCCAAUAUCCUCUCUCCAUCAUAUUAGUUGGUGUGGGAGAUGGACCAUGGGAUGCAAUGAAGCAAUUUGAUGAUAAUAUCCCUCAUCGUGCAUUUGAUAACUUUCAGUUUGUCAACUUCACAAAAAUCAUGUCAGAGAACACAGAUACUUCAAAGAAAGAGACUGCCUUUGCUCUUGCUGCUCUCAUGGAAAUUCCCUUUCAGUAUAGAGCCACUCAAAGCAUUUCGCACGUCAAGGAGGCAGUGACUGGUCCUCGUAUAAGGCCACUUCCACCCCCAACUGAAGUCACUGGUCAUACCAGCUCGGAUAAGUCAAUCCCAGAUAGUUCUCCACAAACUCAGGAAACAGCUUCGGGAGAACAAGUUUGCCCCAUUUGCCUUACAAAUCCAAAGAACUUGGCCUUUGGAUGUGGUCAUCUGACAUGCAAGGACUGUGGUGCGUCACUCCCGACUUGUCCUUUGUGCCGGCAGCCCAUCACAACCCGUUUGAGAUUGUAUACUUAAGUGACAUGGGCUUCGACACUCGCAGGAGCAAUACUGAAAGUCUCGCCCUUGGCAUUGGAUUCUCAAAUCAUUGACUUGUGCCAUUGCUCGCAGUUACCCGUCGAAGAGAGUACUAGCAGCAGAUGGGAAGACGGGCAGAUGAUUUUAAGUUACAAAAUGGAUAACUUAGUUGUGAAUGUGAAUUGUUUGCUGAUUGAUUGAUUCUCCUAAGCAAAUUGUGAUGUGUUUGUACUUCUCUGUGGAUUUGAACCUUUUAUUUAUUUAUUUAUAGAUUAGAUGUGUAUAUUUGCUCUAACUUUCCGUAUUUUCUCAAACGAUGGAUAGAUUUCGUAUUUGAUCCUA